AUGGAAAAUAUUGAAAAGAAAACUCAAAUUAGAUUGUAUAUUUAUAUUAUUAUAAUAUUUUUAUAUUUUGGAUAUGGAGUUAUUUUUUUUUAUUAUCUUGAACAUUCUGCUAGUAUUCAAAGACAGGAAGAAUAUAAUGAAAGAUGUAAAUUUAUAAGUAUAAAAUCAUUAUCAGAUAUCAAUAAAGAUCUUGAUAGUAUGAUGAAAGAAGAUAUAGAACAAGUUUCAUCUAAUUUUACAAUAAAUUCAAUUUUUUAUAAAAAAAUUUUAAAAAAUAUUGAUGAAAUAGAUCAAUGUCAUUUAUUUAAUAGUGGUGUUAAUGUUAAAGAAGUUGAUAUUUUUAAUGCAAUUUCUUUUAUAUAUGGAAUAACAAUAACAUUAGGUUCUGGUGAUGUUUAUGCUAUUACAAAUGAAGGAAAAAUAUUUUUUAUAGUAUUUUCAAUAUCAUUAAUACCAUUUGUAAUUGCAUUUUAUACUGAUUUUAUAGAAGGUGUUCUUUCAUCUAUGGUAUAUAAAUUAAACUUUAUUAUAUUAUAUGUAAAAAAUAAAUUUUCUAAAAGAAAAAUGAAUGAGUCAAUUUAUCAAAAUGAACUAUUUAAAAUGAAUAAGAAACCGUUACAGUAUUAUGUACUUUUUUUAAUAAGUUUAAUUUCAAUAUUUGUUAUAUGUACAGGAAAUCAUUAUUAUCAAUCAUAUCUUUCACAAACAAAUGAUACAGUAAUACAAUCUUUGACUUACAUCAUUGAAAAUUUUGCUUUAAUAGGCCUUGGUUAUAAUGUUCCUAAAAGUACUGUAAAAUAUUUAACAAGAGAAUUGCCUUUAAUGCUUAUUGGUAUUUUCUUGUUUUCUUUAUAUAUUAAUAUGGCAAUAAAUUUUAUUCGACAUUUAAUUCCAAAAAAAUUAAAUAAUUAUAGAAAUAAAAAUUUACAAAAUAAUGAUAAAUUUGAUUUUAUAAAAUAUCUUAUUUAUAAACAUGAAGAAGAAAUAAUUCAAAUACCUCCAAAAGAAACAAUACAUUUUUAUUAA